CCGGGGUUCCUUGGUUUCGAAUGAUGUCGUAGCGAAUCGCAAUACCACACCACACAGAGUUUAGACCACCAUAACCUCUGAAAGUAACGUGGUCAUGCAUUUUGUGGUGGUUGUUGUGAUCUUGUAAUUAUUCGUCAUAAAACUAGUUAUAAGAAAAAGUAAAGAUGGAUACGACCAAAGGGACAGUGGAUGAAGUGGAAGGGUUUUCAUUUCCUGAUGAAGAUGGAGAUGAUGAGAAGGAUUUUCCAGUGCCCAAAAAGACUACUCAGAAAGGUGGUGGAUUUCAGUGCCUUGGACUUAGUUUUGAAGUGCUGAAGGGCAUUAAAAAGAGGGGAUACAAAGUCCCCACUCCUAUUCAAAGAAAGACGAUUCCCUUGGUAAUGAGUGGUCGAGAUGUUGUUGCCAUGGCUCGAACUGGAAGUGGAAAAACUGCUUGUUUUCUGAUACCUCUUUUUGAGAAAUUAAAGAUCCGAUCUGCUAAAUCUGGAGCAAGAGCUUUAAUUCUCUCCCCCACCAGAGAACUGGCAGUUCAGACACUAAAAUUUAUUCGAGAUUUGGGCAGAUUUACUGGCUUGAAAUCUGUAGUUGUCCUAGGAGGUGACUCUAUGGAAAAUCAAUUCAGUGCCAUGCAUGGUAAUCCUGAUAUUAUAGUUGCUACCCCUGGACGAUUUCUACAUUUAUGUGUUGAAAUGGACUUGAAGUUGGAUUCAGUUCAGUAUGUUGUAUUUGAUGAGGCUGAUAGGCUCUUUGAAAUGGGCUUUGGUGAACAGAUGAAUGACAUUUUAGCCAGGUUACCUGACAGUAGACAGACACUUCUGUUUUCUGCUACCCUUCCUAAACUUUUAGUUGAGUUUGCAAGGGCUGGUCUAAGCGAUCCUGUGUUACUACGGUUGGACGUGGAAUCAAAAUUGCCAGAGCUCUUAAAACUAGUAUUUGUGAACUGCAGACCUGAAGACAAAGAUGCUGCACUCUUAGUGCUACUCAAGCAAGUUAUUGGUUGGGAUGUGCAAUGUGCCAUUUUUGUUGCUACAAAACAUCAUGUUGAGUAUGUCAGCAUGCUUUUACACAACUCUGGAAUUUCCAAUACUUGUGUGUAUUCAAACUUGGAUCCCUCUGCAAGAAAGAUCAAUGUUGCAAAAUUUGCCAGCAGAAAAGUACAGGCUCUAAUUGUUACUGAUGUUGCUGCUCGAGGUAUUGACAUUCCCUAUCUGGAUAACGUAAUUAACUACAAUUUUCCUGCAAAAGCUAAACUCUUCAUCCACAGAGUUGGAAGAUGUGCUCGUGCCGGCCGUAGUGGUACUGCCUAUUCACUGGUGUCCACAGAAGAACUACCAUACUUUCUAGAUCUACAUUUAUUCUUAGGUAGAGGUAUAAAGGAAGCAAAGCACACAGUUCACAUCAAAAAGGAAAAACAGGAAAAUGAAACAAAUAAUGAGAGUGAUGAUGUAGAGGAUGGAGUUUUUGGUCGAAUACCUCAAUCUCUACUUGAAGAAGAGCUAGCAAAUCUUGAAAUACUUCUUCGUCAGUUUUCUGAUAUGGAAAGUCAAAAACGGGUUUGUAAAAAUGCCUACUCUCGUUACAUCCAAACACGAACAGGGGCGUCAACUGAAAGUGUACGCCGACUGAAAGAAAUUGAUUUUAGUGAUUUAGGUCCUCAUCCAGUUUUCAAGAAAGUUCAUGCACCACUUUUGGAAGCAGAUAAGCAAGCUAUCCUAGGAUUGAUGAGACAAUAUCGGCCUAAGGGGACUGUUUUUGAACUGGGUGGCAACCCUAUUUCACCAAUGUAUCUAGCUAUGAAAGCAAAAAGAGACUUUCACCAAACAAACAUAGAAAAAUAUCAAUCGAAAGUUGAGGAACGCUUGAAGAUGCAAGACAAAGGUUUAUCAGAACCAAGUAAAAAUUUGCCUAGCAGCACCCAGGAUGAAAUUGAUGAUGCUUUCCGAACUGUCAUAAAUCCUGCCAAAAGAAGAAUCUAUGAUGCAGAAGUCAUAAGAGCUAAGAAGAUGAAGAAGUACCAGGUGGACAAAGAACAUUAUGUUCCAUAUACAGCUCCAGAUAAAUACUCUGAAGAAGGGCUUACAGUCAAUUUCUACAAGGAGGCUAGUUCUGCAGCAUUAGACCUGACAGGUGAUACUGAAGAAAUGAUGCGUAACAAAAAGCGUCAAAUGAAGUGGGACCGUAAGAAAAAGAAGAUGGUGCAAGUGAAUCCGGAUAAGAAGGUUUCAAUGAUAAAAACAGAAUCAGGUCAGUGGAUUCCAUCAACUUACAAGAGUGGGCGUUACAAAGAGUGGCAAGAAAAGAAUAAGAUACAAGAACAGACAAAUGAUGCAAGUGAGGGUGAGGAGGAAGAGAAUGAAGCAGAAAGGAAUACUAAACCUCUUAAUGCACAUCCCAACACACAUUGGGGCAGGCACAACCAAAAGGUUGAGCGUAAGAAGCGUGAUGUUCAGCUUACAUCUAAGGACCAAAUUUUGAAGAAGAGACUUCAACGGGAAAAAGAGCAGAAGCGUAUAAAAAUGAAACAAUCAAAGAAGGGCAAGAAAAAGAGGAAGUAAAGUCUUUGUUUCUCAAAGUGUAUAUUUAUUGAUGAUUUGGAGGAGGUAAAGUUUUAUUAAAGUUGUGUAUGAGACCAAAAUUGUA